AAAUUAAAUGUUAUAGUUAGAUGGUCGUAGAUAGCUCAGUACAGAAAGGGUAAUAAACAUGUCUAAAUAUCUGUUGAUUAGCAUUUUCUUCAUUCUAAUGAAAUUGACAAUCGGAGGCCCUACAGUGACCAUUCCUCAAGGAACUUUGGAAGGCAAUAGAGCGCAAGACAUUGAUGGAAACCAAUUUUUCAGAUUUUUAGGGAUUCCAUACGCCAAGCCACCAUUAGGAGAUCUCAGAUUUAGAGAACCUGAAUCGGCAGAGUCUUGGAGUGGAGUAAGAAAUGCAACUGUGGAAGGGAGUUCUUGCGUGCAACUAAGUGGAGGUUCCGAGGAUUGUUUGUAUCUGAAUGUUUAUACCAGAGAUCUACCGGAAAAUUCAACUGAACUCAAGCCAGUGAUGGUAUGGAUCCACGGAGGCUCCUUCACAUCGGGUUCUGGUUCUCCUACAAUCUACGGUCCAGAAUUCAUUCUAACCGAAGAUGUAGUAGUUGUUUCCAUCAAUUACAGAUUAGGACUUCUCGGGUUUAUUAGAAAUCCUGAUAAUGUGACAAUAUUUGGUGAAAGUGCUGGUUCGGUAUCAGUUCACUAUCAUGUACUUUCUCCUUUAUCGAAGGGAUUAUUCCAGAAUGCAAUUUUACAAAGUGGAGCUGCAUUGGACAGUAGGGCUGACGGUUCUGACCAUGAUACUAUAGCUUUAGCCCAAUUGUUAUACCCACUAAGAACAAUAACAUCAGAAAGUGAAGCUCUCGAUAUAUUUCAACAACUAUCUGCCAGUUCUAUACUUAUCGCACAAACUUUAUUGCUUUUGAAUGAAACUUUUGGUUCGACGAAGAGUCUCGGAUUAUCAAUAGAACCACAAUCACCCACUACUUUUAUAUCUAAGAGCCCCAUCGAGAUUAUUACUUCUGGAGAAUACAAUCAAGUACCGUUAAUAAUUGGUUACAAUAACAGGGAAGGAAUUCUGUUUAAUGAUCUAAGAAAGAAAGCAGGUUUUGACGCGAAGCCAGAAUACUUUGUACCUCACAAUGUUGACUUCUAUGGUAAUCAUACCGACAGACAGUACUACGUAGAUAAAAUUCAGGAAAAAUAUCUAUCGGGACCAAACGAUGACGAUAACGUUAUUGCCGUGAUAACGGAUUCUUUCUUUGUGGCUGGAAUUAUUGGAAGUGCCCAAAAUCACGCCCUUACCUCAGCAUCGAAUGUCUAUCUUUAUAAAAUAUCACUGGAUACCCAACUGAACUCCAUGAAGAUAUUUUACAAUCUCACUGAAUAUUGGGGAGCAUCUCAUGGUGACGAUCUAGGAUAUUUGUUUAAAACCUUAUUGACACCAACCAUCGAACCUGGCAGCGUAGAAGAAACUAGUUUGAGACGAUUGGUCAAACUCUGGACUAAUUUUGCCAAAUAUGGUAAUCCCACAACGGAUGUAGAGGAUGUAGGAAUUUCCUGGCCGGCUGUUAGUCCACAACAGCUGAACACUUUACAUAUUGAUGUUGAUUUGACAGUAGAAGUCAAUCCAGAAAGUGAAACGGUUGAGUUUUGGAAAGAGCUGUUUCAACAGAGUAAUAUAACCUCUGAAUACUUACGUUAAAAAAGAGAAAAGUUUUAUUUUGUCUGAAUAUUUCAUAUUGAAUAUAUUGUAAUUUAAAAUAAUCCAACAUUUAAGAAGUUCUAAAAUUAUUUUCUUUUUUUAUAUUAUAUAUGUUAGGGUUAAAGUCCGAUGUCCGGUUAAUAUCGACAUUAACAGGUUAAUGUUUGGGUUUGGUUAUGUUUUUGGUUGUUUUGUUGUGUAUUAUUCUCCAGAUUAACCGGGUAAUGUCGACAUUAACCGGACAUCGGACCUUAACCGUAACAUAUACAUAAUGAGAUUAAUAAUGUAGAAUAGAAUUUACACAUUAAAAAUAAAUAUUAAAAA